AUGGAUUUGCCGGUACAUGUCAUGGAUCUUGGACGUGCAUAUUUAACACUGCUUGCAUACAUCGAAAGAUCCCCACCGGCAGUUCUUCUGGAGAAUCCAUAUUUCUUUGCUGAGAAUGGUUCCGAGGCUUCAAUGCUUGAUGUUGCAAAGCAUAUAAGCCAGGUAUUACACGAGGCCGGUAAAUUGGAGAGCCCUGAGAUUCAGAGCUUUGCUGAGUCUGACUAUGACGAUGUUUUUGGCCCCUUCACAGAAAGAGGGUUUGGUUGUAACUCAAGAAGUCGCUCUGUCAGACUACAGGCGUUGGGCUGGAAGCCAACCGAAAAGGAUAUUUGGACAAGUCUCAAAGAAGAUGAUGCUCCAGCUAUACUGAGGGAGUAG